AUGAGUGAAGAAAAGAGUUUUGUCGGUCAUUUACGUGAAUUCGACGUAAAAAUUAAUGACUGGAGUAUCUUCAAACCUCGUUUAUUGAAUUAUUUCACGGCGAACAAUAUAGAUGAUCCCGUGAGAAAACGUGCCAUAUUAUUGAAUUUACUAUCGGAAGAUUCUUACCGAUCAAUUUUCAAUUUGUGCCUACCAACCGCACCGGAAAGAAAAACCUUCGAAGAACUGAUAACAUUAUUUUCCGAUCAUUUCGGAACGCAAACUUCGGUUUUUGCCGAAAGAGAAAAAAUCUACAGUGCCAAGAAGUUAUCAAGUGAAACAGCAAACGACUGGGCAGCCAGACUUCGAAAUUUAGCAGCAUAUUGUGAGUUUGACGAAGAGUUAAACAUUGCAUUAAGAGAUCGGUUCAUCGUGGGAUAUAAUAAAGGACCUGUGAUGGACAGACUUUUUGAAGAAAGGAAACAAAUUUCUCUAGCCGAAGCAAUUCGAAUAGCGUCAUCCAAAGAGGCAGCGCGUGGAAAAGAAGCGACGCCAUUUUCCUUGAAAGGAGAGCCAUUGUUCCAUUUCAGAAAAGGCAGCAAGUGCGCAGCCUCAGCGAAGACGUCACCUUCUACGUCACAGGAAAUCAGCGCAAAUAAAAUGUCAAGUUUGUGGCAGAAGCAAUCAUCUGUCAUCAAAUUGUCAAUACCGGCCAGACCAUUACCAUUCGCUAUGAAAUCUAAAGUGGAGGACGAACUGAACCGACUUUUAGAGAUGGGAGUGAUUUCUCCAGUGGAGUACUCAGAAUGGGGGAUCCCAGAAGUACCUGUUCUAAAACCUGAUGGUAGCAUAAGGAUCUGUGGUGAUUUUGAGGUGACGGUAAAUCCGCACCUGGAAGUAGAUAAGUAUCCUUUACCACGCACUGAUGAUUUAUUUGCUAGCUUAGCAGGUGGUGAGGAAUAUACUAAAUUAGAUUUAUCAAAUGCUUUCAACCAAGUUUUGUAA